GAUAUUGUGGUUCGCCACAACAUCCGAUUACACAGCGUUGGAGACCUCUCCAGAAUAACCGGGAGGAUUGCCUUUGUACCUUCCUGCCGGUCAGAUAGCACACAUUUUGGYGCUUUUGUUGCACUGUUUCUGACUAAAGUACAUUUAACCAAWUUACCGCCGAUGAUAUUAGGCCUACCUCGUGAAUUUGAAGGGGCAGGAAAUAUAAUAAUUAUAUCUUCGUUGCAAUGGCAGAGUGUUAUCUACGAUGUCCUUCGCUGUCUUCGGGAAAGUUCUUGAGRGAAAUUGUUGAUGCACUUGGUUUGAUCAAGGGAUUGCUUUGGGAAUUUUCGUUCCGGCGUUGGUAAACUCCUCGAGAGACGAGGGAUUUGAAGCUGCAACAGGUUAUUUUAGAUGUGAUCCUGACCUUCCAUAGUUGGAGGGUCUCUUCCAAGACCACCACACUGUGUAGUUUUCCAGCACACCCAUGACUGGUUUUCCAAUGGCAUUUCACUCUCUAAUUCAGAAUCUGCCACCUUUUGGAGCCAGGACUUAUUAUAACCAUCUGACUGCCAGCCUCAUACUCUGACUUGCCACAGAGAAAGCCAAGUUCCUCAACAGGGACCUCUCUUCCAGUGCCACAGAGAAAGCCAAGUUCCUCAACGGGGACCUCAUCUUUGACCUCAUCUUAUCUCAAUUAAUUUAAUCUUGGUUUAACAGAUUGCCGCCAUCAUUCCGUGCUGUAAAGGUGAUCCCGAAAUGUCUUCCAAUGGAGACCUGCGAGACGUCGGGAGCUGCGAAAGCUUCUGGGAGCCGGGGCACUACAAGAGGACGGUGAAGCGUAUCGACGAUGGACACAAGCUGUGCAACGAGCUAGUCGGCUGCUUCGCAGAGCGGGCCAAGAUUGAGAAGGGCUAUUCCCAGCAGCUGAGUGACUGGGCCAAGAAGUGGAGGGGCGUGGUGGAGAAAGGGCCUCAGUAUGGCACCCUGGAGAAGGCUUGGCAUGCCUUCAUGAAUGCUGCUGAUAGGCUGAGUGAGAUCCACAUGGAACUGAAGGAGCACCUGGCUGUGGAGGACAGCGAGAAGAUCCGUAACUGGCAGAAAGAUGCCUUCCACAAGCAGAUGAUCGGAGGGUUCCGGGAGACAAAGGAUGCAGAUGAAGGAUUCCGCAAGGCACAGAAACCCUGGGUCCGGAAACUGAAAGACGUGGAGUCGUCUAYGAAGAGUUACCACCAGACCUGUAAGGAGGAGAAGACUGCUUUGACUCGCGAGACCCAUGCCAAGGCUGACCCCACCAAGUCACCGGAAGAGGUCCGCAAAUUUACAGACCGUGUGGAGAAAUGCAACCAGGAAUCGGAGAAGGCAAAGGAGCGCUAUGAGAAGGCUUUGGAGGAGCUGAACCGCUGUAACCCACGCUACAUGGAGGACAUGGAGCAGGUAUUUGAGAUCACCCAGGAGGCCGAGAAGAACAGGCUGUGCUUCUUCAAGGAGGURCUGCUGGACAUCCACAAACACAUGGACCUCUCCAGCAAGGAUGGAUUCAAGGUCCUGUACAGUGACCUGGGCCAGACCAUCACUGCAGCCAAUGACAGCGAAGACCUGAGGUGGUGGAGAAACACCCAUGGGCCUGGGAUGAGCAUGAACUGGCCACAGUUUGAGGAGUGGUCCCCUGAGUCAAACCGCUCCAUCUCCAACCAGAAGGCGAGGAACAGCCGGGCCGAGGACGUGGUCACCCUGACCAACAUUGUCCCUUCGAGCGAGGAGGCACCCCAGACCCCUCAGGAGACCACCAGAGGGGUUAAAGACUACUCAUCAGACUGGUCUGACGAAGACAUCCCCAAAAAGGUCAUCGCUGCUAAUGGGGUGGAGGAGGAAGAGAAGGUAGCAGGUGUACGAGUUAGAGCGUUGUAUGAUUACACUGGGCAGGAGGCGGAUGAGCUGAGCUUUAAAGCAGGUGAAGAACUAAUGAAGAUGGGUGUGGAGGACGAGCAGGGCUGGUGCAAAGGGCAGCUGGCCAACGGAGAGGUGGGCCUUUACCCUGCUAACUAUGUCCAGGUCGUCACAUCCUGAUGACCCGCCCCCUUCCUGGGCAAUAAUGCAGCCAAUGGUACUACAGAGUACAGACAUCAUGAGAAUUACUGACAGCAACACCAGCACAGCCAUCUUA